CUACCCCUGCUACUUUGAGGCCAAGUCCCUCUUAUAUCUUCCGCCGUCGCUGCUGUGGUUGAUGCAACAUAUUGAUAAAAUAUCUUCACAUUUGUGCUUUUUUCUUUCGUCAUAUCAGAAAUGGUUUCAAGCAAGCUACUCGUUGCCUUUGCAGCAGUUUCCAUAGUCCCUAUCCAGUGCAUUGAUCUAAAUGUCACCAGCGUUGGUGAGUUAUGAGCGAUGAGAGGCAUCUAAAUCGAACGAAGCUGAUACCAUUCUGAUGUAUAGAUUCAAUCAAAUCAGCAGCUAGCACAAUCGCAAGAGACUUAGUCGGUCUUUACAAUCAGUCUCAAACUCCCGGAAAUCCCAUCGGUGUUUUGAAUGCCCCAUAUUACUGGUGGGAAAGCGGAGCCAUGUUCGAUACCUUGAUUCAAUACUGGCGACUAACAGGAGAUUCCCAAUACAAUCGAAUUGUGACCCAAGGUUUAGUCUAUCAACAAGGAAUUGAUAACAGCUUUAUGCCACAAAAUCAGACAAACUUUUUGGCUAAUGAUGAUCAAUCAACUUGGGCUCUUGCAGCCAUGUCAGCGGCAGAGGCACGACUGGGAGAAGUUCAGAACGUCACUUGGCUCAAUCUUGCCGAUAAUGUAUUUAACGAACAAGUCGCUCGGUGGGAUGAAAAGACUUGCAAUGGAGGUCUCCGCUGGCAGAUAUUUACUUUCAACACCGGUUACACCUACAAGAAUAGCAUAUCAAAUGGAAACUUUUUCCAACUCUCGGCUCGUCUUGCUGCCUACACCGGCAAUGGCACUUAUUCCGACUGGGCAACCAAAGUAUGGAAUUGGACUAAAGCGACGGGCCUCAUUGACGAGGAUUUCAAUGUUUUCGACGGUGCCGAUGUUACUAAAAAUUGUUCGACCAUUGACAAACCUCAAUUCUCCGAGACUGCAGGUACAUUCAUUGCUGGCGCUGCAUACAUGUAUAAUCAUACCAAUGGAGAUAGUCAAUGGAAAAAGUCCCUUGACGGUCUCCUAAACAGAACCAUCUCCGUUUUCUUCCCAUCCGGAAUCGCCACUGAAACUUCCUGCGAAAGCAAGAACGCCUGCAACAUAGAUCAACGCGCCUUCAAAGGUAUACUUGGAAAAUGGCUCGUCGAUACCAUUCAAGUCGCUCCAUACACCAACAGUAUUAUCAAUACACAACUUAUCAGCACAGCCCAAGCAGCUGCCAAAACUUGCGGUGAUAAUGGAUGCGCUUUAGAUUGGAGUGGUAAUGGCAAAAGUAUUUCCACCGGGGUCGGGGAGCAAAUUGAUGCUCUCAGUUAUGUGCAGGGACUGCUUCACAGUGAGGCGGCAGCACCAGCCACUCAGAAUUCUUCAAAUUCAACUACGAGUAGCUCUGGAAGUUCUACGAGCACGAGCACGAGUGCAAGUGCUAGCGCUUCAGCAAGUGGUAAUGCAGCAACUGGAAUGGUCUUGGGACAGUCUGUGAUAAGUUUCUCGGUCUUGGGAGCCGUAGCUUGGUUGAUGUUGUAGAGUCAUAGAGAAGAAAAACUUUGUAUGUGCUGUGUUUGAAAAUAUAUAUAAUUAUGAUCAAA